AUGCUUAGUAUUAAGGAUACACCCAAAAAUCUCCCGGCUAGUACUUGCCGAUGCCUAAGGAAAGGAGGGCCCGUGCCGGUAACCGAACUGAAAGCCAUAUUCAAGCGUUUUGACACCGACAAAGAUGGUCGUCUCAGCAAACAUGAGUUGAGGAAUGCGUUUGCUAGCUUAGGCUCUCGUCAACCGGGUUGGCGAGCCUGGCGAGGGCUUAAACAAGCUGAUAGGAACGGAGAUGGGUACAUAAGUGACGAGGAGUUGGAAGUUCUCCUUCAGUACGUCUUGAAAUGCAACAGUGCGCGUGGAGGAGGCUACGGUGACAGUAGCGAUAGGCUAGCAUGGCAGAGGCCUAGGGGCUAA